AUGAAGGCGCCCGAGAGCCCCGACCGCCUCUCGUGGUCGUCGGGCAUGCCCAGCAUCACCAACUCGCUCACGGCGUGGACGAUGCCAAUCUACGAGAUGGACGACGACUCGACGCUCGGUGAAACCUCGUCCGGCGGCUUUACGCUCCAGACCGAUUCGCCGCGCCAAAGCCGGUCGCGCCGCUGGCUCGCUACAUGCCUAAUUGUCUGGCUCGCCGUGUGUGGCGGCGCCUCCAUCGCGCUCGUCCUCACGCUGCAGCACACGUCCACCGCGCCCCUGCCAACCACCACCAUUAACAGUACGACGACGACGACCAUUCUUCUCGUUCGAAACCAAUGCCAAUCCGGCAUCGACAUCUACUACAGCCUGGACGCAAGCGAAGACCAUGUCGUGGUCACCACCAACACCUCCAUCCCAAUCUCUACCAAAGGCCUGGCCAGCAUCUCGGUGCGUCUCGGCGCAUCGACGAAUGCUACACGGUUUGCGUGGCUACGCCGUGAGGCGCAGCUCGCGAGCUACAGCAUCACAACAACCGACGGGUUCAAUACGGCCAUGGCCAGUCAACUGCAAGCGGAAGGAUCCGAGCUCUAUAUGCGCGACGCAAUGCUACGCGUUGGCCUCUUCUGUGGCAUCUUUACGCUGCAAUGCUGCAUCACGGUGCUCGGCAGCGUGACCCGCGAUACGAUCUUCCUGCGCAUCUACGACUCGCGCUACAUCUCGCACAUGACAGUCCUCAUGUCGUUUGCGUCCGCGUAUGCCAUGACGGCGGCCGCGCGCCUCCUCCAACGCGGCGUGCGCCCGACGGUUCUCGCGUGCGGCUUUCCAUGCCUCUCGUCACUGAUUAUGGUCGGGCUUUGGCUACUUUUGACGCAGCUUCCGCAGCUGCUGUACCUCUCGAGCAUCGCGCUCUACGUCUGGAUUGAGAUUGCGAUCCAGCUUCUCUCGCAGCAGUUUUGGGACCUCUGUGCCGCCGCGUUCACGGUCGCCGAGUCCAAGCAGUACUUUGGCGCUAUCACAUUUGGCUCAACGCUCGGCACGAUCUUUGCCAGUUUUGCAAUCAUCCCGCUUCUCAAGGCAUAUGCGAUUCCGACCGAAGGCAACGUGCUCGUCGUCGCACUGCUUAUGGGCGUCCUCGGCGCCUUUAUGUGCUUCGUCACACCCCUCUUUGGCCUCUCGCCGCGAGUCAAAGCCAGCGAUGGCGCUUCGAAAGCGGCGUCGACGUCGUCGAUCGUGUCGGACAUUCAGAAUCGGUCGUACCUCAAGCACGUGUGCUUCUUUGACAUGGGCGCGACCUUGAUUCGCGUUCUCGUCGACUACCGGACGCUCUCGAUCCUAAGCACGCACUCGGAAGAGACGCUCAAGUACUCGCUUGGCGCGAUCAACGGUGUCCAGAGCUUCUUUAUGAUCCCGCUCCAGCUGGUGUCGGGGCCGCUCUUUUCGUACUUUGGCGUCAUGUACGGCAUCUCGACGCUACCGUUGGCGAUUAUUCUCUAUGGCGCGUCGACGUACUUGUCGUCGUCGCACUUGCUUUUGAUUGGCACACGCGCGCUCUACAACAGCGUGUCGCAUGCGAUCUUCAACCCGGCGCGGGAGCUGCUCUGGCUGCCGCUCAACGCGACCGACCGGACCAAAUUCAAAAGCUUUGUCGUCGGCCCGUUCCGGUCGAUUGCUCGUGUGCUCGGUGCGCUCAUUUCGAUCGUGCUCACGUCCGACACGAUGCAGCGCUACUGCGGCCCUCGCUCGGUCAGUGUGGUCAUGGUGCUCUUUGGCGUCGCGUGGUUCUUUGAUGCACUCGCCGCGCGGCAGUCGUAUGCGACCGAGUUUUACGCAUCGCUCAAGAAAGGUCACAUGGACCUGACGUCGCCCAUCAUUGACUUUACCACUGACCAAGUCGAGCUCGUCCAAGAGACGCUUCGGAGCGGCGCGUCCAACCAAGUGGCUUUUGUGCUCAGCUUUCUGCAGCCGUCGCACGUUCCGCUCUUCCGCAGCGAGCUACGGGCUGUGUUUACGAUGCCGGACGCGUCGUUUCACACGCAAAUGCGCCUCAUCGAGCUCCACGUGGCCAGCGCAGAGACUUCUAAUGACGAGUCCAAGCGGAUUUUCACUGUGGAGGACCUCCUCGCUGUCUAUGACGAUUGCGCCAAGCCGCAGGAGCUCCGCCUCGCGUGCCUUUUGGCGUGCGGCCACGAGCGCGGCGCAUCGACGGACGCCCUUGCCGAUGCACUGCACAACGCCAGCGACGUUUCAAUGGUCGUCGGUGCGGCGAUCGCGCUGCUCCGGCGGACGCAGUGGAUGGACGAGAAGGCGACGGUCGUGCUCCAAAAGCUGCUGCAUGAGCCCCGUGACAUUGAGGCAAAGGUCGUGUGCCUCCGCAUCGUGGGCAAGGAGCUCCCGGAGCUCCUCGGCAACGGGUAUCUCGUGUACCUUCUCCACGAAACCCAAGCGCCGUCGAUCGUUCGCGCGGCGCUGCAGUGCUGUCGGCAGUCGAAGCGAACGUCGCCGAUGCUGUUGCCCGCGCUUCUCAAAUGGCUGCCCGACGCAACGCUGCGCACCGACGUCAUUGACGCCCUCCAAGCAUUCCCGCCCUCGGUGCUCUGGGAGUACGUGGUCAACUUUCUCGACAAGGCUGUCGCUGACGUCGCCCUCGAGCGCAUCAUUGGCGGGCUCCGGCUCGUGGAAGCUGCGGCGUUUCCGUCGGACGCCAAGCUCGACCUCGUCCUCAACAUGAUGGACUCGCUUCUCGCCAAGUCGAGCACGCCGUCCGAGCUCCAGCUGAGCCAGCUCUUUGGUCUGAGCCAGGUCGAGCUGCCGCUCUGGGAAGCCCUUGCGGACGCGGUGCUGCGGAUCGUCGACCACCUCCGGGAGGACGACAGCACCGACGUCCGCGUCUUGGUCAAGCGCAUGGACCACAUUGUGUCCACCCACGUGUUUCGCGGGUAUCAGAUGCAGCACCUGCGCCUUCUCUUCGAAGACCCGCACCACCACACACUGCUGUCGCAUGUCGUGGAAGACACGCUGGACGUGCUGCUCCGCAUGGUGCUCAAGCUCGCCUCGGUGCGGUUCCCAAAAGGCUUCAACAUCCACGUCCUCCUCGAGGGCCUCCACGCCGACGUGCCCGAAGUGCUCUCGGCCGUCCAGGAAGUCCUCGAGACGCUUUUACCAUCAAGUGCCAAGCAUACGCUCUUGCCGCUGCUGUUUCCGCACGCCCCCAAGGCCCCGAUGGCGCUGCAGCUGCUCAAGGACGUCAAGAAGAUCCAAAGCACGCUGCGCAACGACAGUUUGAUGCGAACGAUGCAGGACGACAGCAUUGCGCUCGAGCUCUCAUGCCUCGCGCUCGAGUACUACCUCCACGCAACAUCCUGCCACGACCACGACCACAGCGCCGAGACGGCGCGAGUGCUCACGGAAGCCCAAGCCGACCGUCUCUUGGCGCAUAGCAUCACCAAAGACUUGGUGUGCCGCGCGUUCCAAGACCCGCAGUGCCGGCGCGCCAAGGCUUUAGAACACCUCUUUCAACGAGCUACGAUGGACGCGGACCUCGCACCACUGGCCUUUACGACCUUUGACGUGGUCAUGAGCCUGCGCGCGUGUGCACUCUUCCGAUCGAUCGCGGUGCUGGAGCUCGUGCAGAAGAUCGCGUGUCACUUUGAACCGCGUCGCGUUGUCGCCAGCACAACCUUUGUCGAGGAAGGCGACAUCGCGUCCCAAAUGUACGUUUUGGCCAAGGGAUCGGUCGAGCUCCAUCAAGCCAACGGCAACGUCCUCACGACACUUCAUGACGGCGCGUGCGUCGGCGAGCUCGCACUGCUGACGAGCAAAGGCAAGCACUUGGCGUCCGCGACCGCGACGACCGACGUGGUCGUGCUCGAGAUCUCGCGCGCCAAUCUGCACGCGCUCAUCCACGACAACACGGGCAUCGCACGCGGCGUUCUGGACGCGCUGGCGUCGACCUUGCGCUGGACGUACCUCCAGCUCGAGUCGACCGAAGAGACGAGUCGACUGAAGCGCCUAGUCUUUGCGUCGCAAGUGUCGGUGGCCGCCAACGUUGAUCGCGCGGCGAGCAAUUUGCUCGCCAAGAUUGGCCGCGCCCGGUCGCAGUCGGCGCACCUCCCGCCGCGAUCCAAGCCGCACGCGCACCUGCUCGAGUACUCGAGUCUCAACUUGAGUGCCAAGCAUUUCACGGCGACGCCGCGUGCGCAGGACGAGGUCACGUACUCGCACUUGGAAAAGUGCCUGCAUCUCAAGGCGUCCAACCUCUUGAAGGACGUCGACGACGACCUCAUUUCGACGGUCGCACAGAUGGCACAAGUCGUAGUGCUCCAGCCGCGCGACGUGCUGUUCGCCGAGGGGUCGCCGGCCAACAGCAUUUACGCGGUCGUCGACGGCACGAUUGUGCUUGCGAUGACCAAGGACGAAAAGACAACCGCGCUCACGCAUUGCGGCGCUGGCAUUUGCUUUGGCGAACUCUCGUUCAUCAAGGGCUCGACGCAUAUCAUGUCGGCCACCGCAGCGAUGACGACGACGCAGGCGCGUGUGAUUGUGCUCCAGAUCCCGACGUGGGAGCUUGUCGAGCUCGCCGAGAAGCACAACAAGCUCAUGCACCUCGUCAUGACGUGGAUGUCGCGAAAGAUUACGAUCAAGAUGAAGAAUGACGCGCUGUCGGCCAUGACCGAGUACACGCACCUGCCCCUGCGGACGCUGCCGAGCUCGCCGAUUGGCAGUCCGCGCGGCAGUCCACGCAAGAAGAUGCAGUGGGACGACGACGACGACGGUAUGGCGGACGGCACGACGGGCCUGCGUCUGCGCCAAAAUACAUUGUAA